AUGCAAGGAAAGUUUACGCAAGCACGGAGGGGGAAUCAUGAUGAUGGUGCCCAUCCUCCUAUACAUCCGGUUCAGUUGGCCGGUCCAGGAUCCCAGACACCCUUACAAGGAGAACAGUGGAGAGUGUAUGAGCUCAUCACGAGGCACUUCCUGGCAUGUGUGGCACCCGAUGCUAUAGGCGCGGAGUCUAAAAUAGAGGUAACCGUCGGAGAUGAAAUGUUCCACGCCACUGGUCUUACUGUAGUAGAAGAAAACUGGCUGGAGGUGUACCCCUAUGUGAAGUGGAAGGGUACGACGGAACUGCCUCCGGUGGCUUUGUAUCAAAGGGUCCGAGUGGCUGAGUUGAUGAUGACUAGUGGGAUGACGGAGCCCCCGGAGUUGCUGUCGGAGGCUGAGCUCAUUGAUUUGAUGGAUAAGAAUCAUAUUGGGACAGAUGCCACAAUGCAUGAGCACAUAGCGACUAUCGAGAACCGUGGGUAUGCUAGUCGGACUCCUGGUGGGAGGUUCAACCCGUCGGAUCUGGGUGUGGCUCUGGUGCAGGGAUUCGGGGCCUUCCAGAAUUUGAACGGCAGAGAUGGUGAUUUCAGGCUGCACCUAGCGGCUCCUCGUUUGAGGGCUCAAAUGGAGGCUGAUAUGGCCCUGGUGGCCCGAGGGGAGAAAACGAAAGUCGCGAUGGUGGCGGCGUGUUUGGCCAUGAUGAGGCAAAUCUAUGUGAUGGUCAGUGAGGGCCCUCAGCCGAUCGAUAGAGAAAUACGUCGAUUGGAGGUGGAACAGCAACAGUUCUUG